GAGAUUUUAUCAACUCUACAACUUCCUACCUAACUACCUAACUACCUAACAUACACAUCUCAAGUCUACAAAUCUUACAUACAGAACAGCCAAAAUGGCGAACCCCCCAGCAUACAAUGACCUCGAAAGCGGCCAAGGCACACCCUUGGACGAGUUAAACACAGCAACAUCCAACAACACCCAAGACAGACCACCCACCACAGCCACCCGCAACAACAACAACAACAACCAAAACCAAUCCCAACCCCCCAAAAAACCACGCCCAGGAAGAAUACAAGCCUGGUAUAAAAGUCACCGGAACUUUCUCCGCGACUUCGGCAUUGACGCAUCCAGGGCCAUUCUGGGUUCCGUGGCUCUGGUCUUCAUCGUCGCCGUCCUGCUCAUGCUUAUCUUGAUGAUUGUAUGGGCAUUGGAGGCGAUCGUCGUGGGGAUGAUGGGGACUGCUGCUGAGGCUAACGUGCAGCUUGCGUUGUUGCACAAGUUGAAGGUGACUGUUGAGGAGUUGAUUGUACUGCAGGCGGCGGCGGAGGAGGAGGAGAAGAAGAUGAAGGAGGGGCAUAGUCAGGAACAGGAGCAGGAGCAGGGUCGGAAGAGGGAUGGUGGUGUAAAGAUUACUUCGACGGAGGUUGAGGGGGAGAAGGAUGGGAUUGGGUCGAUCGAUAGGCUUUGGAGUGAGGUUUUGGGGUUGCCGUUGUGAUGUUCUAUUAUGGAUCUAGGAUGGAUGGUUUGCUUUGGUUAUGGGGAUAUACUAAAUAUGGACCUCUACUAGUGAUGAGCUAUUGCUU